CGGAAGCGCAUCCCCCGCGGCCCGGCCAAGAUGGCGGCGGAUGCCGCCACCGAGCUGCUGUUCCUGGACACGUUCAAGCACCAGAGCGCGGAGCAAAGUACCAAUAUUGAUGUGGUCCGUUUUCCAUGUGUGGUUUACAUAAAUGAAGUCCGAGUCAUUCCUCCAGGAGUGAGAGCUCACACAAGUUUGCCUGACAACAGAGCUUAUGGGGAGACAUCCCCCCAUUCAUUUCAACUGGACUUGUUUUUCAACAAUGUUAGCAAACCAAGUGCCCCUGUUUUUGAUCGGCUGGGAAGCCUUGAAUAUGAUGAAAACACUUCAAUUAUUUUCAGGCCAAAUGCAAAGGUCAACACAGAUGGAUUGGUUCUCAGAGGGUGGUACAACUGUCUGACUUUGGCAAUAUAUGGCUCAGUUGACAGGGUAAUAACUCAUGAAAGAGAGUCACCUCCUCCACCACCCCCUCCGCCUCCACCUCCCCAGCAACAGCCUGGAUUGAAAAGGAAUCCAAAACAUGUUGAUGGAGAGAAAGAAGACCAGUUCAAUGGCAGUCCUCCAAGACCACAACCCAGGGGACCAAGGACACCUCCAGGCCCUCCUCCUCCUGAUGAUGAUGAGGAUGAACCUAUGCCAGUGUCAGUGGUUGGGGAAAAAGAAGAUGAUGUGGACCAUAGGGAGGAUUACUUUGAGCCGAUUUCUCCUGAUCGAACAUCCAUUCAUCAAGAAAGCCAGUAUUCUGAUGAUGGAGAAGUAGAGGAAGAUCAACCAGAAGAAGGGGAAGAUGAUGAUGAUGUGGAUGUUGAGGAGGAUGAGGAUGAGGAUGAUGAGGAUGAUGAUGAUGAUGAUGGUCAUACAGUAGAGAGCAUUGCCGAUGAGGAAGAAGAGGAGGAGGAAGAAGAUGAUGAAGAUGAAGAAGAGGGUGAAGAGGAGGAAGAAGGUGAUGGAGAUGAUGGCUAUGAGCAGAUUUCAAGUGAUGAAGAUGUAAUUGCUGAUCUGGAACGUGAAACAUUUAAGUAUCCAAGCUUCGAUAUUGAAUAUACUCCUGAGGAUCUGGCAUCUGUGCCUCCUGUGACAUAUGAACCUUUUGAAAAGGAGCUUGGACCUCUUUUAUACUUCAGCUGCCCUUACAAGACUGUAUUUGAAAAUGAAGUUGCUAAAAUUAAGGACCAAGAUCAAGAAAAAGAAGGUUCAGGGGCAGUGGAAGGCUCAUUUAAAUUAACUGAACUGUUGGAAUUAUAUCAGGAGGAAAGGGGUGCAAAGUGGGUCACUGCAUUAGAAGAAAUUCCAAGUUUAAUAGUAAAAGAAUUGAGCUACCUGCUGGUGAAAGACACAAAGCAAGACUAUAUUACCCAGCUAGUAGACUGGACCCUGCAAGCUUUAAACCUUCAGGUGGCUCUCAAACAGCCCAUUGCUUUGAACGUUCGGCAGCUGAAAGCUGGGACAAAGUUGGUAUCUUCCUUAGCAGAAUGUGGGACUCAAGGAAUAACAGCACUCUUGCAGGCAGGAGUUAUUAAUGUGUUGUUUGAACUGUUGUUUGCAGAUCAUGUAUCAUCCUCCCUUAAACUUAAUGCUUUUAAAGCUUUGGAUAGUGUCAUUAGUAUGACCGAGGGAAUGGAAAUGUUUCUAAGAGGUGGCACAGAUGCACAUGAAAAAAGUGGUUAUCAGAAACUCCUGGAACUCAUACUGUUGGAUCAGACUGUGCGAGUUGUUACAGCUGGUUCUGCAAUUCUCCAGAAAUGUCACUUCUAUGAGAUUCUGUCAGACAUUAAAAAGGUGGUAGAUCAGUUAGCAGAGAACACUCCUCCACUUCCUAAUCACACAGAGCCAGAGCAGGACCAGGACUUGUCAGGACUUGAAAGAACCAACCAAGAAUAUGAAAAUGAUGUGGAAGCUCCUAUGGACAUGGAUCAUCUUUUGGAAUCUUCUAAUAUAAGUGAAGGAGACAUGGAAAAACUUGUUAGUCUUCUUGAAGAGAUCUUCCAUUUGAUGGAGACUGCUCCUCAUACAAUGAUUCAGCCACCUGUGAAAUCUUUCCCAACCAUGGCACGCAUUACAGGCCCUCCAGAAAGGGAUGAUCCUUACCCUGUCCUGUUUAGAUAUCUUCAUAGUCAUCAUUUCUUGGAAUGCAUUACUUUGCUACUGUCUCUUCCAGUGACAGGUGCACAUCCAGGUGUGCUUCAGGCUAUCCGAGAUAUAUUGCGUUUUCUGGCACAGUCACAGAAGGGUCUUCUUUUCUUUAUUUCUGAGCACGAAGCAACAAACUUGUUGGUUAGAGCACUUUGUCAGUUUUCUGAUCCAGAACAAGAGGAAGGUCUGCAGUCAGACGGUGCCAACGAGGACACUUUUGCCCUGUGGCUCCUCCAUUCAACACAGACAUUACAGUGCAUUUCAGAAUUGUUCUGCCACUUCCAGCGGUGCACAGCCAGCGAGGAGACUGACCACUCAGAUCUGCUGGGAACACUUCACAACCUUUACUUGAUCACCUUUAACCCUGUGGGAAGAUCUGCUGUGGCUCAUGUAUUCAGUCUGGAAAAAAAUCUCCAAAGUCUUAUUACUUUAAUGGAGUACUAUUCCAAAGAAGCUUUAGGAGAUUCAAAGUCUAAGAAGUCAGUUGCUUAUAAUUAUGCGUGCAUCCUUGUUUUGCUGGUGGUACAAUCUUCCAGUGAUGUCCAAAUGCUGGAACAGCACUCAGCACCUUUGCUGAAGCUUUGUAAAGCAGAUGAAAAUAACACCAAGUUGCAAGAGCUCAGCAAGUGGCUUGAACCUUUGAAAAAUCUUAGAUUUGAAAUAAAUUGUAUUCCAAAUCUUAUUGAAUAUAUCAAGCAGAAUAUUGACAGUUUGAUGACCCCAGAUGGAGUUGGUCUUCCCACUGCACUUCGUGUUCUUUGUCAUAUUGCGUGCCCACCACCUCUGGUAGAAGGUCAACAGAAGGACCUUAAAUGGAAUCUUGCAGUUAUUCAGCUCUUCUCUUCUGAGGGAAUGGACACUUUCAUCCGGGUGUUACAGAAGCUGAACAGCAUCCUUAUUCAGCCUUGGCGACUCCACGUCAACAUGGGCACCACGCUGCACAGAGUUACUACCAUUUCCAUGGCCCGCUGUACACUUACUCUCCUUAAAACAAUGCUAACAGAACUGCUGCGGGGUGGAUCCUUUGAAUUCAAGGACAUGCGUGUUCCUGCAGCACUCGUUUCCUUACACAUGCUCCUCUGCUCUAUUCCUCUCUCAGGCCGCUUAGAUAGUGAUGAACAAAAAAUCCAGAAUGACAUUGUUGACAUCUUACUGACUUUUACACAAGGUGUUAAUGAAAAACUUACCAUUUCUGAGGAAACUUUGGCGAACAAUACUUGGUCUUUAAUGCUGAAGGAGGUUCUCUCAUCAAUUUUGAGAAUUCCUGAAGGCUUUUUCUCUGGACUUAUAUUGCUUUCCGAAUUGUUGCCUCUUCCACUGCCCAUGCAGACUACUCAGGUAAUUGAAGCCCAUGAUAUUGCAGUGGCACUCAACACCAGGAAGCUGUGGAGUAUGCACCUUCACGUGCAGGCCAAGCUGAUACAAGAGAUCGUUCGAUCUUUCUCUGGUUCGUCUUGCCAGCCCAUUCAGCAUAUGUUGAGGCGGAUUUGUGUUCAGCUGUGUGACUUGGCUUCACCUACUGCUCUUCUCAUCAUGAGGACGGUAUUGGAUCUAAUUGUAGAAGACCUCCAAAGCAACACAGAAGAUAAAGAGAAGCAGUACACUGGACAGACCACUCGACUGCUUGCUUUAUUGGAUGCCCUGGCUUCACAUAAAGCUUGCAAAUUGGCUAUUUUGCAUCUUAUCAGUGGAACUACUAAAGGAGAUGAAAAAUAUGCAGAGGUUUUCCAGGAGCUGUUGGCUUUGAUGCGAUCAGCUGGGGACAAUGUCACUCAUCAACAGUGUGCUGAAUAUGUAACUUCCCUUUUGCAGUCCCUCUGUGAUCAGGAUAUUGCACUUAUUUUACCAAGUUCAACAGAAGGCUCUGUGUCUGAAUUAGAGCAACUUUCCAACUCCUUACCAAGCAAAGAGCUGAUGCCCUUAAUUUGUGACUGUCUGAUGGAAACAUUAACAAAUUCUGAGAGCAGUUACAGUUGUCUGCUGACAUGCAUCCGAACAAUGAUGUUCCUUACAGAGCAUGAUUAUGGCUUCUACCACUUGAAGAGCUCUCUAAGAAAACACAACAAUGCUCUGUACACUGUAUUAAAGCGAGUAAUAACUAGUUUCAGCAAAGACACAGGUGAACUGGCCUCUUCAUUUUUGGAUUUUAUGCGACAGAUUCUAAACUCUGAUACGCUGGGAUGUUGUGGAGAUGAUGGAAGCCUUAUGGAAACAGAUGGAUCCCAUUCAGGCAGAACACUGGGUCUUACCACUGCAGAGUUAAAACAUCUACUGCAGAACAAAGAAGAGACCCCAGAAAACCUGCUUCUUGAUCUGGAGAAACAUGUUAUGGAUCGUUCUAAGGAAGAUGAUGGCCUUGAAUCCUUGCUGGACAACAUUGUUGGAGUAAGACAGAUGUUGGAAUCAGCAGGUGAUUCUUGUCCACUGAGUGACCAAGAUAUUGAGCCUACUCUUUCUGCACCAGACUCUCUUCAGAAUUUGUUUAACAACAGGACUACAUACGUGUUGGCAGAUGUGAUGGAUGACCAGCUGAAGUCCAUGUGGUUCUCACCCUUUCAGGCUGAAGAAAUAGACACUGACCUGGAUAUGGUAAAAGUUGACUUAAUUGAACUGUCAGAGAAGGGCUGCAGUGACUUUGACUUGCAAGCUGAAUUGGAGAGGUCAUUUUUGUCAGAACCAUCAUCUCCUGGACGCACAAAAACCACAAAGGGGUUCAAGCUUGGCAAGCACAAGCAUGAGACCUUCAUAACUUCAAGUGGGAAAUCUGAGUACAUAGAGCCUGCAAAGAGAGCUCAUGUUGUGCCACCACCCAGAGGAAGAGGAAGGGGAGGAUUUGGACAAGGAAUUCGACCGCAUGAUAUCUUCCGUCAGAGGAAACAGAACACAAGCAGGCCACCCUCCAUGCAUGUGGAUGAUUUUGUUGCUGCAGAGAGCAAAGAAGUGGUUGCUCCAGAUGGGAUACCACCAGCCAAAAGGCCACCAAAAGUGUCACAGAAGAUUUCUUCGCGUGGUGGAUUCUCGGGGAAUCGUGGAGGACGAGGAGCUUUUCACAGUCAGAACAGGUUUUUUACACCACCUGCUUCAAAAGGAAAUUACAGUCGUCGUGAAGGUGCUCGCGGCUCAAGUUGGAGUGCACAGAGUACGCCCAGGGGAACCUACAAUGACAGUAGAGGUGGUCAAAGCAAUUUUAACAGGGGUCCGCUGCCACCACUGAGACCAUUAAGUUCAGCAGGCUACCGACCGAGUCCUCGCGAUCGUGCUUCCAGAGGCCGUGGAGGAAUUGGACCGUCUUGGACAAGUGCUAAUAGUAGUAGCAGUGGUGGCUCAAGAGGGAAAUUUGUUAGUGGAGGCAGUGGAAGAGGUCGUCAUGUACGUUCCUUCACACGAUAAAAUAAGACCUAAUGGUGGGAGAGCUCAACCUUGUGGACUUCUGUGAAGAUGACAAAGAAAGCAGCGUCACUAAUGGACCAAUUCAGAGUUUCUGGUAUCUGGAGGACACCAAGAGAAUAUUUUUGUCUGAAGAAAAAGCUUUUGUUUGAUACAAGACUUGAAAUUUCAAUAAAAUUCAAGACUUUUUGUGUA